AUGCACGCUCCAAAUCUAACGAAAUUGCCGAGCUAGCAAAAAGUUCCAAAAUAUCGGCCUUCAAUCAACAUAGACAAUCUGAUAGCAAUAUGUACAGGGAAACUCAAGAACUGUCCAAAUCACAAGAAAGCCCUUUACAUUCGAGCAUCCGCCUAUAUUAAAAAAGGGGAGUAUGAAAUUGCAAUUUAAGAUUGUAAUAAACUCUUAGAGUCAGACGGUGAUAAUGUCGGAGGAUAUUAUUUGAGAGGAUGUGCCAAUGAAAAAUUAGGAUAAACUGAUCUUGCAAUAGAUGACUUUUCCAAAGUAUUACUUUUAGAUGAGAACCAUGUAAAUGCAGCAUUUGCUCGUGCUUCUUGUCUUAAUUUAAAGGGAGAUUUCGCAGGAGCCAUCGAAGACUAUACUCGAGCCUUGGAGAAAGAUAAUGCAAAAUCUCUUAAUCUUUCUAAUUCUAUAAAUAAACGAUCGUUACUUAGAAAUAGUUCAAUGAAAAAAGAUGAUAACUAUCCUAAAACAGAAGCAUUUUAGUAUAAAACAAAAACAAAUAAAUAUUAACAGCCUGAAGAGGAUGAUCUCAUGAACCCACAAAAUGAUGAGGAAUACUUACAAAAUGAUUAAUCCUAGAUUUAAAAUUAACCAUAAUAAAAUAGUUUUAUGAGUCAAAAUCCUCUCUACACAAGCAUUGAUGCUAAUGAACUUCAUAUUUAGCGUCCUUCCUAAAUAAUUGAUAAAGAAAUUUCUCAGCCCGUUCAAUAACAAUUAAUCUCGAUGAUUCCAGAUCAUAUCAAAUAAGAUAAUAAGAAGAUAUCAGAUUGGUUCCAUCAGCAAGGAUUUGAAGCUAGAAAAAAAGAAGAUUUCAUUAAAGCUAUUGAAUUUUAUACUAUGGCUCUAAUGUUUAAUUCUAACCAUUUUAAAUCCAUAUUUAAUAGAGGUUUUGCAUUCGAUAAGCUAAGAAUGUAUAAUGAUGCAAUUAAUGAUUACACUAAGGCAGUAGAAAUGGAUCCAAAAAAUGCAUACGCUUAUUAUAAUAGAGGGAUUUCCUAUGAUAAAAAAGGGGAUUACAAUUUGGCUAUAAAGGAUUUCGCAAAAGCCAUUGAACUUGAUCCAUCCAAGGCAGAUUUUUAUCAUAAUAAGGGUUUUGCAAUGAAGAAAAAAAAUUAGAUAAAAGAGGCUAUCUUAGAAUUUAACGAAUGUUUAAGAUUAGACAAAAACCAUUUUAAGGCUUAUUACAAUAGAGCUAAUUGUUAUGAAAAGCUCGGAGAAUUUGAUAAAGCAUAACAAGAUUAUCUAAUUGCUAAUAAUGUUGUGCCUAACAAUCCGAAUACUUUAACUCAUAUUGGAAUUUUGAUGGAUCGAUAAUAAAAACUGGAGGAUGCUUUAAAAUACUUUAACUCCUCUUUAAAGAUUGAUUCCAACUAUGCUCCAGCCUAUAAUGGGAGAGGCUUAGUUUAUGAUAAAAUUGGUGAAUAUGAGAAAGCCUGCAUAGACUUUAACAAAGCUAUUGAUAUAGAACCGCAAAAUCCUGUUUAUAUUCAUAAUCGAGGAUGCUGUAAGAGAAGCAUGAAUAAAUUUGAAUAGGCCUUAGAAGAUUUUAAGAAAGCUCUAUCUUUGGAUUCAAAGAAUCCCAUCAUCUAUUCAAAUAUGGGUUUAGUGCUUAGAAAAAUGGAGGAUUUUGAGACUGCUGCAUAUUGCUACUCUCAAGAAUUGAUUUAUUCAUCGGAAAACACAAGGACUCUUAAUAAUAGAGGAUAUUGUCUAGCCAAAUUAGGCCAAUUUGAAGAAGCUAUCAGCGAUUAUUCAAGAGCUAUUAGUUUAGAUCCAAUCAACAUUCAUGCCAUCUAUAAUAGAGGAAUUUGUAAUGAAAGGAUUGGAGAGUUUCACAAAGCUAUUGAAGAUUUCUCUUAAGUAAUCCAUUUACAGAAUGAUUAAGGUGCUAAUGCUUACUUUAAUAGAGGAUGCUGUUAUGAUAAUAUUGGGGAGAUGGAUCUUGCCAUAGCUGACUAUUCAAAAGCAUUGGAAAUAGAUAAUAAAACCAAUAAAGCACCUUGA